UUUAUUUUUUGUUCCAAAAAUAGAACAGAGUUUCCUCAAGUUUCUCCGUUUUUUUCUCUUCUAAUUAGCCUAUGAUGGAAAAAGGGAAUAAGGAGUAAUGGCAAAUGUUUCAGAUAGGCCCUUGUUUUUGGGUAAAGGUAGAGGAAGAGGCCGCGGAAAGCCUUCACAUCCAGCAACACAAAACAAGAACGCUUGGCACAGAAAACCUACCAUCAAACAAAAUGAAAAAGUGGAAAAAAAUGGAAGCGAGCCAUCGAAGGAAAGAAUGGAAAAAGCAAACAGGAUUAAAGAAUCUGCCAAGAAGUUCAUUGGAGAUGAAUAUCUGGAAGAUUCGUCUGAAGAUGAAGAAAUAGAAGAUGAAAAUAUUAUGAGUAACACUUUGAAGCGGUAUACCGACACGUCACACGAAAAUGACAUGCACAAAAAUGCAGCAUUGAGUAAGACAGCACAGUAUUUAAUAGACUCCUGUCGUCCUGGUGCACAAGUCUGUCUUAUCUGUAUCGCAUCCAUCAAACAUGUUGACGCUGUAUGGAGUUGCGAACAAUGUUUCUCAAUGUUACACAUCAAUUGUAUUCAAAAAUGGGCCAGAGAUGGUGCAAUACAAACUUCAAAUUUGUCACAAGAAAAUUUCCCAGCUGUUGAAUUGAGCUGGUUCUGCCCCAAAUGUAGAUAUGAGUUCAAGCAAUCAGAGUGUCCAACAAGAUACCAUUGCUUCUGUGGAAAAGAGCAAGAUCCCAAGUUUGAUCCAUGGAUCGUACCCCAUUCCUGUGGACAGACCUGCAGUAAACCUCUUAAACCAGCAUGUGGACAUGAAUGUUUAUUGCUGUGUCAUCCAGGACCAUGUCCGCCAUGUCCCAAGACUGUCAGAGCGAAGUGUCAUUGUGGUAGCAAGGGUCCAGAUACAAGGAGAUGUGGUUCGAAAGAAUGGUCAUGUGGUAAACCAUGUGGGAGGUUGCUUUCAUGUGGACAUCACAAUUGUCAAGUUCCUUGUCAUUCUGGUGAUUGUCCUCCAUGUUCAAAACAGGGUCCACAGUAUUGUCUUUGUAUGAAGAAAACAACCAUAAGACCUUGUGAUAGCCCAGAAUGGCAAUGUGAUCAGGUUUGUGGAAAAAGCUUGUCCUGUGGUUUUCAUGUGUGUGAGAAAGUUUGUCAUGAAGGUGAAUGUGGUGAUUGUCCAAGGGCUGGUGAAAGAAAGUGUCCAUGUGGGAAAACAACUGUUGCCUUGCCUUGUACAGAGGACAUUCCUACUUGUGGAGACACUUGCGAUAAGGAGCUGGAAUGUGGUCGUCAUUUUUGCACCCAAAAGUGCCAUUUUGGACCUUGUGGGACAUGUCGUCAGAUUAUCAAUAAGAAGUGUAGGUGUGGUAAGCGUGAGAAACAGGUGCAAUGCUACAUGGAGUACCUGUGUGAGUCUAAAUGUACCAACAUGAGGCAGUGUCAAAGACAUCAAUGCAAGAGAAAGUGUUGUGAUAAUAACUGCCCACCGUGUGAGCAAGUAUGCGGUAGAACUCUAAAUUGCAAGAACCAUAAAUGCAGCUCACCGUGUCACAGAGGUCAGUGCUACCCCUGUCCUCUAACUGUAAACGUCAAGUGUUUCUGUGGUGACACGGUCCUUACUCUGCCAUGUGGUUUGGAAAAGACUACUAAACCUCCUAAAUGCCAAGAACUCUGCAAGCAUCCGUCUGACUGCCAUCAUCUACAGCGUAAGCCACAUCGAUGUCAUUACGGUGAUUGCCCACCAUGCAAACAAACUUGUGAUAAUCCUUUACCAAACUGUGACCACACCUGUCUCGAGCCUUGCCAUGACAACGUACUGGAUCAAUCCUUCAUACCCAAGGCUCCUGUACGUCAGUCGGCGUGGGGGCGUGUUCGUCAGCCAGAACCAAUACCUAUCAUUCAUAAGGAGUGUCCACCCUGUCGCUCACCAGUAGAGAGGAAAUGUUUUGGAGAACACGAGUCCCAGACCUUCCCGUGUUCUGAAGCAAAGCGGUAUUUGUGUUGCAGACCAUGUGGACGCGCAUUGGCUUGUGGGAAUCAUACGUGUGAGCUCGAGUGUCAUUACGUCACAGGAGCAGAGAAUGAGAAAGAGGCUGGACAGGAAUGCCAAGUAUGUGAAGAACCAUGUAAAAAACCACGUACCAAAGGCUGUACGCAUCCUUGUGUACGCCCUUGCCAUCCAGGGAAGUGUCUUGAAUGCAAGCAAAUGAUCAAAAAGCAAUGCAACUGCCAGCUGAUGUUUGUGUAUGUCAAAUGCAGCGAGUGGACAGCAGCAGACCAAGACAAGCAUGCUCUUUUGUUGUCGUGCAAAAACCAGUGUCCCAAGAACCUACCAUGUGGACAUCGAUGUACUGCUGACUGUCAUCCUGGACCCUGUCCUAACUCCAACAAAUGUAACAAGAAAACUAACAUUAAAUGCCCUUGCAAACGAAGAAAGAAGGAUUUCCCAUGCUACAUGGUUCAGACUGGUCAAGCAUCGUUAGAAUGUGACAAAGAAUGUGAAGAAUUGGCGAAAAGACGCGAAGAGAAGGAGGAAGAAGACAAAAAGAAGAAGGAAGAAGAAGAAAGACGUGCACAACAGGAAGAAAUAGAGUUAUUUGAACGAAAUAAACAAGGCAAGAGAAGAAGAGCAAAGAAACAACAACAAGACGUUGUUAAACCAUGGUGGAUAAUGAGUCACAAACGUGAAGUGCUGUGCAGUGCACUGGCUAUUGCUCUAGUUUCUGUCCUGUUUUAUGUUGCUAUGAACUAGUUACACAUAUAUAAAUGACACAGUCUUAAUUCACUUGAUAUAUUUCUAUGACACUUUACAGGACCAUACUGUUUUUUCCCCUCUGACUAAACAGAAGUACAAUUCACAAUAAAAAUAUGAAAUACUCUUGCUUGAUGCAUUGAAGGACACCAAUUAUAUUUACAUUUGUUAUACAAAUAAAUAAAAUAUCUAAUUCAA